AUGGCCAACGGAACAGCAGCCAAUGCCGCAGCUCUAGCUGCAUUCAAUGCCGUGAAAAAGAAAGAAGCAUCUUCCAAACAAACCGACAUUUGUGAUCUUCCUGCAGCCUUGAGGUCGCAAAGCAAGAUAAGAACACCCACUAGUCAAAGUCAAUCUCGUGUGAGCACACCUUCAUCAGUUGCCAAUAGAAAGUAUGGCAACUAUUCGGAUACGUCGUCGAUAUCACCCAAACCUCCCUUGAAGCUCGAAACGAAUGUGCGGAGCCCCAGUGCGUCGCUGCCUUCUUCAGAGUUUGACGGCGAAAGCGAGAGCGAUAGCUUUGACUACUUCAAUUUAGGACACAACAAUUCCAAUAGAGGCGAUGCCUUGAGGCUGCCGAGGCUGCCGAGGUACCUGCCUCAGACCCCAAGGGACAUGAUCUCACACGUGAAGAAUUCGAUUGAUUCAAAGGCCAUUUUGAACGAUGCCAGCGCCAAGAGGUUGUCGAACAAUUAUGCUCCGCAGGAAAUGCUCAAGAAUUUAAAGCAUUCGUUGAAUGAAAAGGCCAGGCCUGUCAAUGUUCUUCCAAGGCCAGUUGAAAACGAGAAGGGGGUGGAUUUUUUGAGCGACAUGCGCGAUCGACUAGACAAUACCAGAAAAGUCGUUGCAAACAAUAAGCUGCUCAAACCGGGGCUCAAACUAGAGAGUGACAACCAGCUUGACGAUGAGGGUUUUUACUACUACCAGCAACCAGGCAAUGGCUCUUACUCGUCCUUUGAGUCUGCUGCGAGUGAGUUGGAGAACAGGGGCAAAAGAGAAACCAGAGAGAUCAGAGAAAUCAGAGAAAACAGUGUGCGAGCACAGUUGCCACCGCAACAACCGACUCCAGAUUCACGCCGAGUCAGCGUAGAGAAAGAAGCCAAUCAAGUCUCGCAGCCUCUGACUCCAGACUUGCAUGGAAUAAGCAUAGACGUGACUGAUCAUGACGCCGAGAAAAAUGACGACAACGAGGUUUUGACCAGAGUUCCCCUCAAGAUACCCGAGAAUGACAAGGCAACUGCGAGCUCAAGAAACACCACUAGAAGGAAACCGCCACCCAAAUCCGACGAUGAACUUGACAUCAAGGAUGACACCGACGACGCAAGCACACUCAACUCCGAGCUCAGACAAAAAACGAUCCGGAAUGGAAGGUCGGCGGAGACAUUUUCGAGUGGCGAAGGAUUCAAUCAUCCAGAUGACAUUGCGUCCAUCACAGAUACCGACGAGCCCGUGCCUCCUCGAGUGAGACGCAAAGAGUCCAAGUUCCCCCAGUUUCCCGAUAUUCGCAAACACCAUCACCAUUCAAAGCAUUUGUUCAGGCACAAGCACCACAGCCACAAGGCGCCAGACACGAUGCCGUUGCUGGAGGCAGAUAGUGAGUAUACUGACGCGGAAGCUUCCGACGCAGGGUACACGUCGUCCAACCCUGCUCCUUUGAAAGUGGCUCCAACCAUGCAACAGCCUGUGCAAUUCAGGACAACAAUGAGGAAGCCGAACAAGAGGAAGGACAAACUGUCCAAGUUUGACGAGUACAAGCCGUGGAAAAGCCACAAUGACUUGAACUACUUGACUGAUCAAGAAAGGAAAAGGUACGAAGGUGUAUGGGUGAGCAACAAGGGAAACUACAUGGAUCUUAUGGUGACGAAACUCCAUGGGGUCAACUAUGCUUUAUCCGGACACGACAAAACCUCCAGCGAACAUCUCGAGGACUCGAUCAAAGCUGCGCUCGUGUCUACCAAUCAAGCUGAAACAAAAAACGAAAGCGAAGGUGGUGGCAACACCAACACCACUACAACAUCAACGACAACAGGGGGUGCCAAGCAAUCUGACAAUGGCGCAAGCACAGAAAAGAUUGUGGAAACAGACAAUCGAGACCGGGUCGAAGUCAACCAGUUGAUGUUGGGCGCCGUUGUAAAGAGAAUUUGGAACAGAAGCAAAUUACCUGGUGAUACGUUGGAACAAAUAUGGAACUUGGUAGAUUACAGAAGAGAUGGCACAUUGAGCAAGAACGAGUUCUUGGUUGGAAUGUGGCUAGUUGAUCAAUGUCUAUAUGGACGGAAACUACCAAAGAAAAUUGAGCCUGUUGUCUGGGAAAGUCUAGGCGGAAUCGGAGUCAAUGUCAAGAAGUUGAAGUAA